CGGCGGCGGCGGCGGUGGUCGGUGCGGGAGGAGGGAGGGGAGCUUGCGGGCCCGAGAGGGGGCGACGGCGGCAGCGGUGGCCUGAGGAGGCCCGAGCGGCGGCGGUGGUGGCGAAGGCCGAGGCGGAUUCUUCUCAUCGCAGUGCUCCAGGCAGCCAACUACCAAUCGAUUGGAGUUAGCCUGUGAGGAGACUGGAGAGGCGUGGCUGGACCAAGACCUCCCCCAAUGUGAGCAGGCUUCCUCCUCCCCUCACAAUCGUUGCCACCACGCCCAGAAACGUCCUUAAGCCCUGGCCCUCAGGGGAAAGGUAACAGGAGGCCAGAGCCGGGACCAUGUGACGGCGCUGGCCCUCGCCACCGCCGUCCCCCCACCCUGGCCCCAGGCCCGGCACCAUGAUGUUCCGAGACCAGGUGGGCAUCCUCGCUGGCUGGUUCAAGGGCUGGAAUGAGUGUGAGCAGACAGUGGCCCUGCUGUCACUUCUGAAACGGGUCACCCGUACCCAGGCCCGCUUCCUGCAGCUCUGCCUGGAGCACUCACUGGCGGACUGCAAUGACAUCCACCUGCUGGAGUCGGAGGCCAACAGUGCUGCCAUCGUCAGCCAGUGGCAGCAGGAGUCCAAAGAGAAGGUGGUGUCCCUCCUGCUGUCCCACCUUCCCCUGCUUCAGCCAGGCAACACAGAGGCCAAGUCGGAGUACAUGAGGCUACUGCAAAAAGUGCUGGCCUACUCAAUCGAGAGCAAUGCCUUCAUCGAGGAGAGCCGCCAGCUGCUUUCCUAUGCCCUCAUCCACCCAGCCACCACACUGGAGGACCGCAACGCACUGGCCCUCUGGCUGAGCCACCUGGAAGAGCGGUUGGCUAGUGGCUUCCGCUCCCGGCCAGAGCCCUCCUACCAUUCACGCCAAGGCUCAGAUGAGUGGGGAAGCCCUGCAGAGCUGGGCCCUGGGGAGGCAGGGCCAGGCUGGCAGGACAAGCCACCCCGGGAAAAUGGACACGUGCCCUUCCACCCGUCCAGCUCAGUGCCGCCAGCCAUCAACAGUAUUGGGAGCAAUGCAAACACAGGUCUCCCCUGCCAAAUCCACCCUAGCCCGCUGAAGCGCUCCAUGUCACUCAUCCCUACAAGCCCCCAGGUCCCUGGUGAGUGGCCGAGUCCAGAGGAGCUUGGGGCCCGGGCUGCUUUUACCACGCCCGAUCACGCACCCCUCUCGCCCCAGAGCAGCGUGGCCUCCUCUGGCAGUGAGCAGACAGAGGAGCAGGGCUCCAGCCGGAACACUUUCCAGGAGGAUGGCAGUGGCAUGAAAGAUGUGCCCUCAUGGCUCAAGAGCCUCCGCUUGCACAAGUAUGCAGCCCUCUUCUCACAGAUGAGCUACGAGGAGAUGAUGACACUGACUGAGCAGCACCUGGAGUCUCAGAAUGUCACCAAAGGUGCCCGCCACAAGAUAGCCCUGAGUAUCCAGAAGCUGCGUGAGAGACAGAGCGUCCUCAAGUCCCUAGAGAAGGAUGUACUGGAAGGCGGGAACCUGAGAAACGCUCUGCAGGAGCUGCAGCAGAUCAUCAUCACUCCCAUCAAGGCCUACAGUGUCCUCCAGGCCACCGUGGCUGCCGCCACCACCACCCCUACUGCCAAGGAUGGGGCCCCGGGGGAGCCAUCACUGCCAGGUGCUGAGCCUCCCCUAGCCCACCCCGGCACUGACAAGGGCACCGAGGCCAAGGACCCUCCAGCUGCGGAGAACUACCCACCUCCACCAGCUCCCGCUCCCACCGAUGGCAGUGAGCCUGCCCCGGCUCCCGUCGCUGACGGAGACAUCCCCAGCCAGUUUACACGGGUGAUGGGCAAAGUGUGCACCCAGCUGCUGGUGUCCCGACCAGACGAGGAGAACAUCACCAGUUACCUCCAGCUCAUCGAAAAGUGCCUGACUCAUGAGGCUUUCACGGAGACGCAGAAGAAACGGCUGCUAUCCUGGAAACAGCAAGUGCUGAAGCUCCUCCGGACAUUCCCACGCAAAGCCGCACUAGAGAUGCAGAACUACCGGCAGCAGAAAGGCUGGGCGUUCGGCUCCAACUCGCUCCCCAUAGCUGGUUCUGUGGGGAUGGGAGUGGCCCGGCGUACCCAGCGGCAGUUCCCAAUGCCUCCCCGGGCCCUCCCACCCGGCCGGAUGGGCCUCCUGAGCCCCUCGGGCAUUGGAGGUGUCUCCCCUCGACAUGCCCUCACCAGCCCCAGCCUUGGAGGCCAGGGCCGACAGAACCUGUGGUUUGCCAACCCUGGAGGCAGCAACAGCAUGCCCAGUCAGAGCCGCAGCUCUGUGCAGCGCACUCACUCGCUCCCGGUCCACUCGUCACCCCAGGCCAUUCUCAUGUUCCCUCCAGACUGCCCGGUUCCUGGGCCUGACCUGGAGAUCAAUCCCACUCUGGAGUCUCUGUGUCUGAGCAUGACAGAACACGCCUUGGGUGAUGGGACAGACAAAACCUCCACCAUCUGACGGGACCCACAGCCCAGCGCACCCAUAGGCUCCCUGGGCGGCGGGCGGGGGCCAACCCCCAACAGGCUUCUCCGCGACAGCGAGAGGGUGGGCUGGCUCAGCUAUAUAUUCUAAUAUUUUUCUACUCUCUUACCCUUUUAACUUUUGUUUAACAUUGGCACAUGCCUUGCUCACUCCCAGGCCCGUCGAGGGAUCUCUGCUGAGGCCCGGGGAGUUGGGGGCAGCCAGGAUAAAGGGGGCAGGGACUGGCCAGACUGCCUGCCUCUCUCCUUUCCUUCUUCAUCCCCACCUGGUCCCAUCCCACCCCUGCCUCCUCCAGACCGCUGACCACCUGCCUCUCCCCAAGGGAGCAGACUCCCCAGAGACAAACUGACCACUACCUUGUGGAGCCUGCUCAGAAACAUUUGAUAUUGGGGUGACAUGAGCAGGGCAGAGAACCUGCCCUCCAGAAUGUUAUUGAGAGGAGCUGGGGAGAAGGGAGGGGGAGCAAGGAGAGGAAGCCCUCUCUCCUCUCCCUCCUUCCCCUUUACCAUUCCCCACAUUCUCCAAGGACAGGAGCCACCUUCUUCUCUCUCACCUCCUUUGGCCCUGUUCACCAGAGGUUCUCUAUGAUUAAUUUCUUAGGCCUAUUUAAGAUACAUAUUUAUAUAGUU